CAGGGCGAGUCAGUCGAUAGACGCGCGUUGAUUGCCGAUUUUGCCACAGAGAGACGCUGUCUUCCACUUGUUGGUGUGCUGUAGGUCGCGCCACCUAUGUAGCCUCGUGUGCGCAAGACGCGUGACAGCGCGCGCAUCUCGCUCAAGAGAGCGGCCGUGCAGCCCGCCCUUGUCGUGUGUGAACGGUACACGCGGUUGACGCAGGCAAUCUGUGCGACUCGGAAGAGAUGUUCCGCUGUGCCACGGGUGGAGACGUGUGCAUCCCGCGCCGGCUGACCUGCAACGGCAUCAACAACUGCGGCGACGACAGCGAUGAGCCCAGGCACCUGAGCAGCGAGCACUGCCACGUGGGUCCGGAGGACAUCUGGGGCCCCAUCGUGUUCUGCACCAUCCUGGUGGUCUUCUCCGGGAUCGUCGUCUACGUCAUCGUGCUAGACAUAUGCAUGGCGCGCGUGUCCUUCGGCACGAGCUCGACCAGCAGCACCAGCGGCGACACCAGCACGGACAGCGGCGACAGCGGCAGCGGCGACACCUCGCUCACACCGUUGCCGGAGGGCGACCAAGCCGCUCUCUUGCACAACGCGGAGAUCGAGGUGCAGGCGUGAGGUGCAGGCACUCGGGUUCGGGCGAGCGCGCAGAGCCCGGCGGACUACGUAUGCAACGUCCGAGAGGCCCAAGGUUGCAGCGCGCGUCAAAAUUGCGAGAACGUCCUUACUACAUCAUAUGCCGAGUGGUUCGAUGGAAAUUAAAGUUGAUUAGCUUUCUUUUUUC